GUGUGUGUGUGUGUGUGUGUGAUUCAGCUUAGGAUAUUACCUCAUGGCGGAUAAGCUGUGAUUGAAGAGGUCUGACAGAGGUCUCUGCCUUUCACUCCAUUACUCUCAGCCUCUUAUCAGGGCAGGUUUUCUGUUCGGGUUCAGAGAGGAAGCUUUGACAGCCAGGCUUUACAGCCCCCUCUCUGCUCCCCGCUCUGUCGCUCCUGACAGGGAGAGAGAAAGAAAGUCAGAAAGAGAAGGUGGUGACUUCAUCCCUUCUCCUAACAAACCCUCCUCUUUCCCCCUCCUUUUCGGAGCUUUUUUUUUUUUUUUCAAGAGUUUUGCGCAGCACAGUCCGGCAGCAUGCCAGCAGUUUUCAUCUUGCUGCGGUCCCUGGUUAUCAGGCUCCUCAGUAGCAGACUGGCAGGCUCACUGGCACAGUUCCUCAGGAGAAGCCUCUCGACGGGUGCUGCCCACCUUGGCACAGCAUUGCGCCACAUCUGGGACCGCGUUCGAUCCCAGGAGUCAAAGGAAGCCAUCCUGGGCUGUGUGCUGUGCAUUCUCAACAUGCACAAGAAGGUGGAGAACUGAGCUUUUCCUUCACUUUCUGUUCCACCCUCCACUUGCCUGCUGAACACCGACCGGACAGCUGUUUAGUGAGGAGGGGACUUGAAGGGAUGUAACAAACUUUUUUUUUUUUGUGCUUAUUUGGACUUUAAUCAUUUUGUUUUCUUACAUUGGACAUUGGUCAUGUCAGAAAGCAUUGUGAGGAAGGUGCAGCCCUUCACCAUUGGGACAAGGCUGUCAGUUCCCCCUGUGCCAAAAUGCCAGGAGUUUACACAGGGUUAUCUGCCCAGCGAUACUUUGGAUAACUGCGUCUUACAGCACAACUUGAACUCGCUCUACCUCAGUCGAUCCCAAGUCUACGCACAUGGCCCCUGUCUCGCUGCACCGAUUGUGGAGCAGGCAGCCCCCGUGAAACACAAUCAAGAGCACAUGGCAGCAGAGGACCACUUGAACCAGAAUGUUGCCUCUCCCUCUGCCGUCUCCAGAUCUAUUAAGAAGAUCACAAUCUCUGGGAGUAAAGAUAGAUCAGAGAGCAAGAUGUUGGAGGUAUCAGCAAAGCUCUGCGGCACAGGCUCCUCAUCCGAAAACAACAAUAACAACAACAACAUCACCACAGGCACAUCAGAUCCACAUCUGCCCAGGAUUGUGGGAGUAAGCUGUGAGGAUAAGCCAAAGUCUCAAUUUAAGGUUUUACUCAGUACGGACACCAGUGAUGAAUUGCUGCCCUCACAGAGACUAACCAGGGCCAAACUACUCGGGAAAAAAUCAAUACAGAUUUCAGUGCCCGAACUGCAGAGGGAAGACCCUGAGAGCAAAGAAAGUCAUCUGCACGCACAGGCUGAAGUGUUGGCAGCUGCGGCACCUCAGAGCGACUGCUUCACUCAGCGCACCUCCCUCUUCAACAGGGAAAUAAUGCAGGCCGAGGCAUGGAUCAAAGGAAAGCUGCAGGACCUGAAGGAUGGAUGCAAUAUUCAGUACUGCCCCCUGCAGGACUGGGAGGAAGCAUCCCAAAGACUUCAGAGGGACCUCAAGGACUUUGAAAAUACACUGAUCCAACUCAACCAGAUGGGUGAGCAGUUGAUCUGCAGGCUGAACCCCACAUCUGAUCUGGUGAAGAAGCAGCUCAGCCAGCUCAGGGACCAGUGGCAGACCCUAAAACAGAUGGCUGCAAAUCAGACACGAGCCUUAGGAGGCGCUAAGAGCUUGCACGAAUUCAACAAAAAGGUGGACAAACUGGAAGCAUGGAUUAAACAAAAGCAGGAAGAGGAGCAGUCUGUGGUGGAUGUCCUGGGGGAAAAUGUGGACAAGAUGCAGUUGACCAGGAGAAUUUUAGAUCUGAAACAGGAUGAGCAGCAGAAUAGAAACCUGCAUGAGGAGAUCAACAACUUAGCCUUAAAACUGGAGAAACAUGGGAAGACAGAUGGCAAAAACAUCUCCAGUAGGAGAAAGCACAUCAAUAAAAUGUGGCUUAAGGUUCAGCCCCAUCUGAAAAACUACCAUGAAAAUCUUCAUCUGGCACUUGAAGUGGCCUCGUUCUACCAGCAGGCUGACAAUACGAUGUUUGCCAUUACCAACAUGAGGAGGAGCGUAUCUGCAUCCAAAGAGCUGGAGAGCUGCGGCGACAGAGAAAUACGAGACAUCGCGGGUCAAAUCAUGAUGCUAGAUGUAAGUGUGUCCCAGCUGUCCAAUCUCCAUCCGGCUCUGGCUGCCAGCAUCACACAGAAGCAGGGUGAGGUAAAGGACUGCUGGACCCUUCUACAGAGGGAUUUCAGGAGUGACAGGACAACACUCUCCCUCCCUAGCUCCACUUUCACCAGGGAAGAUGCUGACCUCCUGACACCCGCCCAAGAAGCCCAGUGCAACAUGGGAACUGAGACACAUGUGAUCAUGGGAAAGGAGGUGAAGGAGGAGCAGAAUCGUCUGAAAGGCUCUGUGAGCAUUGUCGACUGUGGGAGUGGCAGGCGGACUCAGAGCAGCCGCAGCCAGGAGCAGCAAUCAGUGAAGCCCACCUCCUCGUCAGCGGGAGACGGCUCAUUCUCAGCAGUCGGUGCCACUGUCAGACAACAACUGAAGGGGGAAAGCAGGAAUCCGACAGCAGAGCUGAGGCUCGCCACCACCACCACCACACGAGGCCACCCACAGCUUCAUGUACAGCUUCAGAAGUUCACUGUGUCUGCUGACAAGACUUUGUCCUGGCUCAAAGAGAAUGUGUCCAUAGCAACGCAGGUGUGUUCAAUAGCCAGCUUUGAGGGUCUGGAGUCCGCCAGGAGAUGUCAACACACUCUUGAACAAGAUAUCCUUAACAACAGAGCCAGGAUCGAGGUGGUCAAGAGGGAGGGCCACGGGCUGGUGCGUGCACAGCACCCAGGCAGUGCAAAGAUUGAGGAGUUUCUCAGCCAGCUGGAAGUCCUGUGGGAAGAACUGAGGAGGAGGCACCAAAGGAAUGCCGUGUUUCUGCAGGCCUCAGAGGAGCUGGGAUUUCGGAUUGUGAAAGUGCUUCAAGCUCUUGGCAGCCUAGAGGCCUGGUUGGAGUCUGUGGAGCUUGCCAUGAAGGAGUCUGCGUUAGCUGGUGAUCCUGAAACAAUGAGCAUGGCUGAGAGGGAGAGCUGUCUGUUGGAGAAAGAGGUGGCAGCACGCAGCCUGGAGCUCAGCGCCCUGAGGCAGGAGGUGGACCGCCUCCACGGCCACAGUCACCCACAUACGCGAGGUCUGCCAGCACGCAUGGAGGAGCUGGAAAGCAAGUACCACCGUGUCCUGAGUGCCCUGAACCAGCAGAGCUCUGAGCUGCAGGACACACGCAUGCUGACUGAGUUCUUGGAGCGUGUGGAGCUGGAAGAGAGCCAGGACCUCGGUGACCAGUUCAGCCUCGGUCAGCCUCUCCACAGUGAAAUGUCCCCUGCUCCUUUGCUCCCACUCCCAAGCAGUGGUAGUGGUGUGCCCCUCAUAGAAACUAUGGGGGAUCCUGUGGAGGAACUUCGAGAGGCUGUAGAGAUGCUGAAUGACACUGUGAGGGAAAGAGGGCGAUCGCAAAGCCAUGAUCAGGCCAUCCAGGAACUGCUAAACAAGCAUGCCAGCCUGGCAGUGCGUGUGGAGGAGUGCUUAUGUUGCAGCAAGGAGCUGAAUCUGGACAUCCUGGAGAAGGAGACAGACAUGGCCAUGCAGUGUGAGCCAGACCGAUGUGGCGUAGAGGCUCUGCAGGAGAAGCAGGAUCACCUGGAGAUUGAUUAUGAAAUCAUCAGGGAGGAGGUAGAGGACAUGGAGAACCUGGCUUCUCGGUUGAAGGAGGUGUGCCCAGAGAGACUGCACGUGCUCGGGGCAAAGAUCCAGGCCACGCUGCAGGCCUGGAACGAGCUCGGAAAGAGUGUCACAGAGAACAAAUCCCGUCUGCAAGAGUUUGUUCAGCUCCAGGACUUCUUCAGGAGCUACCUUGCCAUGAUCUCGUGGACAGAAGACACCAGGUCGUGCAUUUUCUCAGACACUGCCUUGCAUCUUGGGAGAGAUGGGCAGAGGCCACUGGCAGCAGAGCUGGACUUUCAAAUCGAAAAAAAGUUUGAAGAGUUCGACAAACUGGCCAUGGCUGGGAAGAAUCUUUUAGACAAAGAGCACCACCUCAUGCAGAUGGUAAGAGAACGCAUGGAGGAACUGAGGAGUAUGCUUGGAUGGAUCUCAGUGCACUGGAGGGCUCAGAAACAACAGUGGCUUUACAAAAAGAACAGGCAGGAGUCUUCGCAAGACAACAUUUACUCCGAAGCAGUAAUGUGUCCCCUGUUUACAGAGAGCCUGGCUCCAGAGUUCCAAUCCCCGCAGUCCCAUGCCCACAUUGCCAACGUUUGGAAAGACACAACAAGUCCAGCCGAUAGCCAUCUCUCACUCCAGCUGCCUGAGCACACCGAGCAGCAUGACAGGAAGCAGCUGGAGGAUGGCUACGAGACAAUGAACAGCAUCGGACCUCAGGGCGACCCUCCAAAGGCAAAUAUCAAGGUGCUAAAGGAGAACAGAAGCCCACCAGUAAGGAAUGCGGUCAACCUCAUCCUCAGUUUUGGUAACACCAGUGACAGCCAGGUGCAGGUCUUUGACCGACCUGUUAGGCCAGACGAGACAGAGGAGACCUCAGAGCCUGUCCACAGGUUCGCUGUGCCUCAAUCUUCUGCCUGUAAAAACUUUUGGAGGCGCUGCCAGGGGCUUUUGGAAAAUACUUUCGGUAGUUUAAAGCGAAAGAAAAAGAUUUAUCGUCAAAGUGCAAACGAGGUGAGUACCUACUUGCAUGUCAAGGAUAACAACCUGGCUGUGGCCCCUGUGUAUGAGAGCAUCACCCUUCCCCGCCAAAAGACCCACUCUGCAGCCCCAGGCUCCCCCACUUUGCUGCCGUCCUCCACCUCUCAGUCUUCCUCCAAGCCUGGAUCACAGACGGCCAACAUAAACUUCCAUUCCUUGACGGGCAGCAGCACUAGCACCAUCUUCAGCAGCCUCAAGAGAAUGAGCAUGAAGAGAAAGAGAAGGAAAGAUGCUCGCCGACACACGAUCCAGAAAAUCAUGGGAGGGAAUGAGUCAGCCGAUGGGAUGCAUCAUUAUGACUGCCAGACAGUCACGUACGACACGCGCACAUGGCCACUGAAGGAAGGUCGAAGAAAGAAGAGUUCACCAAAGAGCAGAGAUAACACAGAAGUUAUGGCCUACAUGAAGAAUCCCCUGCUAAAAGAUAUAGAAAACGAGUGCUCGGGAGAAUACAGCAUUACCCCUUAUGCUGUGUCAGCAGGGCCGACGGCUUCCCCCACAGACGGUCAGAUGAGAAGCCACUGCCGAUUCCUCUCUUUGGGCUCAGUGCUGAGCUUUGACCUGCCUAAGGACAUGACCCUCAUCCCCAGCAUUCAGGACAUCAUUACCAUAGCUCCUCCAGAGUCCAAGAAAGGAGAAAGGAAAGAUCCCGACCCUCAGUCUCAGAGACAAACAGUCCUAAGCUCUUUCAGACAGGCUCGAGCCGCAAUUGCCAUCUCCCAAAGUUCUGCUGAGAUCAGCGGCUCUGAAAUAACACGCUCAGGACCGGCAGCAAAGGACCUGCCCCUGUCAGGUGUGGAGGAGGGUCUCCAGACUUUACCUUUUUCAUCCCAAGGAGGAAAAGAGGAUCUGAGUGUGCCGUUAGACAAUAUAUCUGAGAUCCGAAUGAUUCAGUGUGAAAAUGCAGAGCAGGAGCUACACAAAAUGUCAUCAGAUGUUGAACCAGUUGUAACUGAAAAAGUCAAAGCCGGCCAGCAUUCACAGCUGCCUGUUUAUGUGAAUCAACCCCCGGAUUGUACAUCUAUCACUCAUAAACAUGAGUGUGUUAGUGUCCAUACGCUCAUUAAAGAUCUAAAUGGACAUCAGUACCAUAAAUGUACAAAAUCUCAGGGCGUGUGCAGUGAGAGUCAUGUAUCUCAUUCCAGCCAAGCUUCUCACAUGAAAGUCAAUCUGAAGUCAACAAUGAGUGUCAGUGUCCGGCAGGACUCUGCCGACUCUGGUAUCUCCACCUCAAGCAGUUUCAAGCUUUGCUCGGACGCUCCGUGUUCAGAGAGCGUGCCUCCUAAAGGAGUGGUGGGGAGGCUCGUAUCUCUUGAAGUGGGAGGGAUUGACUGCCCUCCAACCAGAGAGAACAAUGUCACACCCACAAGUCCAUCACCAGACUCAGCAGAGACAGAGCCUGUUCACCUGGACCACCAGCAGUUUGAGGAGGAAGAGGAAGAACUGGAGGACAUUUGGAACCAAACUACAAAUUAUAGGCAGAGCAUCUGCUCCGACAUCAUGUAUCAGCCAAACCAGAGGGACUCUGAGGCCUUGAACCAGGAAGAAGAACCAGGAUUCUGCUCACCUACAGAUAAGAACCCAGCUGUGCUCUACAGAAACCAGGUCACAGCAUCAGCACCCAACCUCCUCGUAGCUGAGUUCAAACUACCAUCUCACAUUCAGAGCUUGCUGGGUUAUGAUAAGGGACAGAGUCCCAAAGAUCACCUUCCUCCUCUGGCUGUAGGAGACAGAAGAUCCUGGGCAGCGUUUCCCAACAAGGAACCACACAGCAAGACUUCAGUGACAGUGAACGAGACCGCGUCUGAUCGAGUGAAGCUCCCAGACGUAGGCGACAAUAAGAGAUACAUUUAUCAAUAUAGAGAGGAGGAGGAGGACGAGGAAGAGGCAAAGGUGGGGGAGGAGGUGGAAGAACACACAGGUUGCAUGAAGGACGAGUCCAUGAGUCUGUUGUCGCUUCAUAUGGGUCUAGAUGGGACCUGUAAGCAAAGUCUGCAGGACAAAGAGGAGAAACAGGAGCUGGGGGCCACAGGGGGGCGCUGUUUCAUCCUGAGCGGAAAGCCUGAGUUGCAGUCUAUGGAGGGGACCCUUGAGAGGAAGCACAAGCUUCAGCUGGGGGGGAAGAAGGCAGCCUCCAGAGGUUGGAACUCCUACUACGCUAUCCUAUAUAGGCACACCUUAUGCUUCUUCCAGGACAGAAAGGACACACUGCGAAGUUCUGCAUGUGGACUCCCACUGAACCUCGCCGGAGCUGAGUGUUCCCCUGCCCCAGAGUACACCAAAAAACCCAACUGCUUCCGAUUACGGCUCCGCGAUGGAUCUGAAUACCUGUUUAAUACCACUUCGUGCUUUAUGAUGAAGAAAUGGAUGAAGAAAAUACAAGAAAGCACAGGUCAGAAUGAGCCUAAGUCGUCAACAUUUCACUUCCCUGUUGAUAAAGACCUCUCCACUUCAUUAAAGUCCUCCGUGUGCUUUAAGUGUCACAGCCAAUCCAAAUGUCGCUGCUCCUCUCGUGAUGUCACCCACACAUAUUCCAAGCAUAGAAAACCGGGCGCCGCUCAAAACAAGGAAAUUGUUGUUCUCACUAGAGAGCACAGUCACAUUCCGCAGAGUUACCUAAAACGUUUGGAUGAGCAGCUGUCCAUCUCAUCCCCAGAUGCAGGUUGUUGCGAUGAUGAUGGAGGCAGUUUAACGCAGACUGUGACUCACAGAUUCGGAGAAAACUCCCCUCACCUCCCUCUAUCCAGCGGUGAGGAAUGGCUGAGCAACAAGCACCGCUCCCACUCCUUUACAUCUGUCAAACCAAAUUCCGUCAUUUGCAAUGUAAUUCAUGGAGUGUUUACAGCAUUCAUUUUUCUACUCUUGCGUGUCCAUCCAGCUACUUACCAGAAGAUCAAACCCAUGGCGCACUCCCCUGGAGGCAAAUGUCUGGAGCAAGGCUCCAAUUACUCUGUGACUCUGGUGGUUGGUGACAAGUCAACAGACGGCCCAUCAAAUAGCAGAAGUUGUGAGCCUCCACUGUUGGCCUUCUCUGGAUGGCAGCAGGACACAUAUGAGGACUCUCCCCUGCGGGGCAGCGCUAGCCUGCCGCGGCCUCGCAACAAGUCUGUCUUCAAGAAGUUCUUUGGGAAAAAGGACCUCUGA